GUUAAACCAGCAAUCAUCCUACUCGUCCAUAGCUCAUGGCCGUUGCAUAGCUGCACAUCUGCAUUUCAUAUCGCACUCUAGCUCUUUCAGACCGCUCUGUCGCAAGCGAUUCAUCUUAGUCACUCCAUCGCGUGUAGUCAGAUCUACGAUGGCAGGCGGUCAGAGCACGCUCCCGGGAGCUUCGAACCCGUUCCGAAUGGGUCAGAAUGUCAAGCAGACAGGUCAUCUGGCAGAUCCUGCUAAACAACCUUGGGUGGAAAAGUAUCGGCCGAAGACGAUCGAGGAUGUCAGUUCGCAGGAACACACGGUGGCCGUCUUGAAGAAGACUCUGAAUAGCACCAACUUACCGCACAUGUUGUUCUAUGGGCCACCAGGAACGGGGAAGACGAGUACGAUUCUAGCCUUAGCUCGACAGAUGUUCGGUCCGGACUUGUUCCGAGCUCGUGUAUUGGAGCUGAACGCCUCGGACGAGCGAGGUAUCUCGGUCGUAAGGGAGAAGAUCAAGACGUUUGCUAGAGAGACACCAAGACACGUCUCGGGAGCCGCAUCAGACGGGAAAGUCUACCCUCAACCUCCUUUCAAGCUGAUCAUCCUGGACGAAGCCGACUCGAUGACCCAGGACGCUCAGAGCGCGUUGAGGAGGAUCAUGGAAACUUACUCGAAGAUCACUCGAUUCUGUCUCGUCUGCAACUAUGUUACCAGGAUCAUCGAACCCCUCGCUUCCCGUUGUUCAAAAUUCCGGUUCAAGCCUCUCGACUCAUCAAGUACGAUGCAGCGUGUACAAAUGAUCGCCGAAGCCGAGAGCGUCAAGAUCGACGAUGGGGUGAUCCCCUUGAUCCUCGAGCUGGCUGGAGGGGAUCUGAGAAAGGCGAUCACGUACAUGCAGACUGGACAACGAUUACAUGGGGCACAGAACCCUCCUACGCCUAUCACUGCAGAUUCCAUUCAUGAGAUCGCGGGCGUGGUACCGGACGGAGUGAUCAACUCGCUGCUGGCAGCAAUCGGCAUCGAUACCGAAUCUGGCAUGAUCGAUCUCGCAGGUAACAGGGGAGGAAAGGGUUACGACAAUGUGCAAACGACGGUGAAAAAGAUCGGAAGGCAAGGGUACAGCGCAGGGCAGGUGUUACAGCAGAUUCACGACGCGAUCAUCCCAAGCGCAUUCAUCCCGUCGAUUCCGAAGAGUCUUGCUGCGAUGGCCAUGGCUGAAGCGGACUAUGCUCUCUGUGCAGGUGCGGACGAGGAGCUACAAUUGUUCGAGACGUGCUUGAGGAUCCAGGCAGCACUGGGCAAGAGCAAGUAAACAGGUACUGGCGGAAGGAGCCAUGCCCUCGGCCUGGAGCUCUUUCCAUUAAUAUGACGAUGAAUGGCAACGAUUGAUUUAUGUAAGCUAUUUAACGAUACCGGAUAACACUAUCAUCAUGUCCUGCCUGCUCG